AUAAAGAGGUAUGAAUAAUGCACAUAGAGGAUUGUUUGAGCUGUUAAAGUUUGGACAGUCAACAUGUACUUUGUAAGAGUUAUAUUUGUCGAAGGAGGAUAUUGAUGUUUUUAUUAUUCAAUGUUUGUAUAUUUCUAAAAAAAAAGGUGUAUAAGCUGCAUGGUGUGAAUUGGAUGAAGAGUGACAUAUAUAACAGUUGGUGUAUUGACUUUGAUGAUCAUUGAUGAAUAAGUAAAAAGUAUUCGAUUCCCAGUCUACAUACGAAAUAAACGUGUUUGCGACUAAUUAGAUAAUGUUAAAAGCUUAUUUCAUUAUUUAGCUAAUCAUGGACUAAGUAUGAACAAUGAUUUAUAAAUUCGGAGACAGUGUUAUAUGUACAAUUUUAUAACAAAGUGGUUACUGUACAAAUGUGACAAAUGGCGUGGAAUAAAUUGAUAUUUUUUCUGCUACUUUUGCUGAGUAGAGGAAAACCUAAUUUUGGCUCUACCCUAUCUGAUGUUAACAGAUUGUAUUCAAAACUGGAAUUGAACUACAAUAAAAAGAUUAGACCAGGAGAUGACCAAUCAGUUGCUGCACAAAUUAACGUUUCUUUCAAUUUGGGGGCCAUUCAAGAAUUCGACGAAGUGGAUGGAAAAUAUGCCGUUAUUGGUUUUUUUCGAAUCAAAUGGUAUGAUUCAAGAAUGACAUGGAAUCCACUUGACUACAAUAAUACGAACACUAUGUUAUUUUUACAAGAUGAUAUAUGGACGCCAACACUUGUUAUUACAAAUCCGUUCAGUAAAAUUGAAAAGAUUGGAAAAGAUUUUAUGACGGUAAGAUAUUUCAGCAACGGCCUUGCAUACUGGACACCAGGUGAAAUUUUAAUUAGCUCGUGUAGUGUAGAUAUUACUUACUUCCCGUUUGACGAACAGAAAUGUACAAUACGUUUGAUGGCAUGGGGAACUACACCAAAUGAAAUUGUGUUGCAGUCCUCUUCUGAUAUCAACCUGGAUUAUUUUUCGGAACAUGGAAGCUGGAAGAUAAUUUCUGCGUCUUCCGAAAGUAAUGAUAAAUUGGUUGGUUCUUCAUUCAUUGAUAUGUCUUUUUCAAUGAAGAGACGUCCAGGUUUUUAUAUCAUUAACAUUGUACUUCCAGUUAUAUUUCUAAUGGUGUUAAAUGCAUGUGUAUUUGUUUUACCACCACACUCAGGAGAACGAGUUUCAUACGCUAUAACUGUAUUAUUGGCAAUAGCUGUAUUCCUGACUUUAAUUGGGGAUAAUCUGCCUAAAACAUCUGAACCAAUGUCUUUGCUAAGUUACUUUCUUAUGUUUGGCCUCGUGUUCAGUUCUUUGAUAUGUUUUUGCACUAUUCUAUGUCUUAGACUUCAACUUAAAGAUAAGAACCGUCAAAUACCAGCUUUUCUUAAAUGGCUAGUACUGUGUUGUAGACGUGAUAAACCAAGAACAGAAAGAGAAUGGAGUUUCAUACCUAACAAUACAUCAAAUCGGCCUAAUUCAAAUAUGAACGGCAAUGAAGGUUUAACUAAUACCGACAAGAACGAUGUGACGUGGAACGAUAUCUGCAUAACACUUAAUACAAUAUGUUUAUGGGUUUCCUUUGGAGGAAUCUCAGUUAGUGUAUUGUUAUUCUUCGUUGUUGUUACAAAGUUAAUUUAGAUAGAUACAGUAAGGAAACAAGAUUUUCAAAGAAAGAUUGUUGGUAAGAAAAGGUUGUCUUUUUAAUUGGAAGAGAAACAAUUACAAAAAUAUCGAUAACCAUCCUCACAUUUGCAUGAUUUGCAUAAUUUUUGUUAUCAAAAUACCCUGAUGACGUCUUUUAUGAAAUGACUCAGCAAAACAGCUAAUUAAUAUUAAAUAUCUUUUUGAGUCGGGUUUGAGUAACAAAUUUUGUUUUAAAUAAAUCUCUCAAAAUAUGACAUCUAUAUAACAUUUAUGUCAAUUUGUACAAUUCAAUUGUAUAGUUCUGAAUCGUAGUAUCCUGAUUUCACUAUGUUAUCUACUUAACUGACUUAACAUUUAAGGGAUUGCAUUUUUUUCUUCUUUUUUAUGUCAGCACCAAAGUUUGACGCUUAAAAUACCUCCUAUUUGUUAACAAUUGAUAAAGAAAUUGAAAGAAUAUGCAAAAAAAUGCUGUACAAAAAUUCAGGAAAUGAAUGAAAACUUGAGUUUUAAAUUAAAAGUUAUCAUAUAAAAAAUAAUUAAAAAAAAUCAAAAAUAAGAUAAACAUACAUUUAAAUGAUGUUAAGAAACCUAAAGUAAAGGAAACAGUUCAUAUCUUUACAGUAACAUGUACUUUAAUAAAUCUCUUUCCAGAAUUUUGGUAAAAAAACGGUAAUGUGAACGAAACGUAUGAAUAAAAUAGUUUUAGAUAGCCAUCAACAUUAUUCAUGUUCAUGUCUUUAGUCCCUUAUAAAAGGGAAAAUAUGGGUGUCCGUAAUAUGAAUAGAUUUUAUCAUUCACAUGCUUGUCACAUUUAGAGUUACAUAAUAUUAUAAUUGUAAGAAAGGGAAUUGGGUAAUUUACUUUUAUAUAUUCUGGAAUAUCUAUGUUAUAAUAGAAAUGAAAAAAAUAAAUAUGUGUAUUUAGCAUACCGAGAUAAUAGCUGUAUCAUUGCUUUCUGUUUAUUUUCUGACUGUAAGUACCAUUUAUUCAAUGAUUUGCUGGAUAUCAAUUAAAAAAAAAAAAUAGAAAUUCCAAACGUUUAAUGACAAAUACGUUUGUUCGUACUAUAAAUGUACAAAAACAAAUGUCAUUAUAAUACCAGUGAUCUAAUGAUAUGCAGUUAUUGAAUUAAUUACCUUCAAUGAGUUCUUUGAGCUUAUAACAUCGUAUAACUUAAAAAUAAAUAUAGAAGAGUAAAUAUGUAUAUAUUUGUAUGCUUGUGGGAAAUAGUUGUCUCUCCAUUUUCUUUGCUCUAUUUUUUGUAACUUUUAAAAUAU